GGAGAUGAACCCGGUGAACGCGACCUCUCUCUACGUGUCGGCGAGCCGCUCGGUGCUGCGGUGCGACCCCCGGGACCCCCGGGCCCUGGCGGAGCUCUGCCGGCUGCUGCCCUUCCUCCGCCAGUCCCUGUCCUGCCUGGUGUGCGGUGACCUGCUGUCGGACCCCAUCGCGCCCACCGACUCGUCGUGCCAGCACUACGUGUGUCGGGGGUGCAAAGGUCAGCGGAUGCAGCUGAAGCCGUCCUGCAGCUGGUGUAAAGACUACUCUCGCUUCCAGGAGAACCGGCAGCUGUCUCUGCUCGUCCGCUGCUACAGGAAGCUCCUCCUCUACAUCAGCACCUCGCCGCUCGCCGCCCACAUCGCCAGCGCCGCCGGAGACUCGCCGGACCUCCAGGCCGUCCUCGCCGAGGGUCUGAGGCUGGCCGAGGGCGAGCCGGAGGCCGAGGACGUCUGGGAGUCGGGGGGGCGGUCGCCUGCGGCCUCCAGCUCGGACCCGGUCCAUCCCAGAGAGGCGUCUCCUGAGAGGGAGGAGCUGAAAGGGGAGGAGCUGCAAGGGGAGGGGCUGCAAGGGGAGGAGCUGCAAGGGGAGGAGCUUAGCCCACUGAGCAUCAACGGACUCCAUGACUGUAACGGCCUGGUGGGCUCGGACUCUCUGCAACACGUCGUCAUAGAAACGGGAGGCGGGGCCGUGAAGCAGGAAAGCGUCUCCACGGAGACCCCGGUGUGUGUGGGCGUCGCCAGGACUGAGGAGGCGGAGCUCUGUGACAUCAGCAGCUUGGGGGAGGACCUGAAGCAGGGGCCGGUGCUGCUGAGUGUGGAGGAGGUGCUCCGGACCCUGGAGACGGACUCGGACCCCGACCCCGGGCCCGAGCCCCCCCCCCAGGCAGACUGGCCCCCCCCUGAACCCCAGUCGAACCUCAACGGUCAGCACGGCCCGUCCGGCUCUGACUCCUCCCACCUCCUCCCCUCCCUCCCCCGAGAGAACAGCCCCCGCCCCCUCCAGUCUCAUCCGCAGCCCUCCUUGCAGCCCCCCCCUCAGCCCUCCACAGUUGUCCCACGCGCCCCCCCCCGGUGCCACCGCAAGCGCUCCCGCUCAGAGAGCGACAGCGAGAAGCUGCAGCCCCUCCCCUUCGCCAGCCUCCUACAAGCCCCCCCCCUCGGUGCCAACAGCUCCCCCCACCACCCCCAUCCGGGUGCCACCACCAAGCAGGAGCCUGAGUGUCCUGCCGUCUCCCCACACCCCCACCCCCACCCUCACCUGGCCCCGGUGCCGAACGGCGGACCCCCUAAAGUGGGGAAGACGGUGCUGGUCUCCAACAAGGCUCUGAAGAAGACAGUGGAGCAUCACGGGUCCACGAAGAAGGCUUACACCAAAGCCAAGGGGGGGGGUCCGAAGCCUCGAGCACCGGCCCGGGACCGCCCGCCCCCCCACCCACACCCCCACCCCCUCACGCACCCCCCCAGCCCCUCGAAGCCGCUGUACAAGAAGCCGGUGGAGAAGAAGGGCUGCAAGUGCGGCCGAGCCACGCAGAACCCGUCGGUGCUGACCUGCAGGGGGCAGCGCUGCCCCUGCUACUCCAACCGCAAGGCGUGUCUGGACUGUAUCUGCCGCGGCUGCCAGAACUCCUACAUGGCGAACGGCGAGAAGAAGCUGGAAGCCUUCGCCGUGCCGGAGAAAGCUCUGGAGCAAACCCGGCUCACGCUGGGGAUCAACCUCACCAGUAUCACGGCGGCGGCGCUCCGCAGCCCGACCACCAGCCCCCCCGGGAACACUCUCCUCAACGUCAGCGCGGCCACGGGGGCGCCCGUCACAGCCAGCUUCCUGUCGGGGGCGGGCCACGACAGCAGGGGCUUUGACGACUCACUGGAGAUGCGUUUUGACUGUUGAGGCUCCGCCCCUCCUCUGGUCAGUCGUAUCGCACAUUCCUCCGCCAUGGACCUGCAGGGGCGGAGCCAGAGCAAGGCAGCUACAGGGACGGGCGGUAGUGAGGGUCACCAGCUGGAGGUCAGGGGUCGCCCUCCGUCCAUCGCCCGGACCUGCACCAGGCUGGUGGUCUUCAGACAGAAGCAGCGUGAUGAAGGAGAAGAGAGAGAGAGGAGAUGUAGCGUCACUGGAUGAGCAGAGGAUUCAUUUCAGUUCUGUUCUCUACUAACGUGUAGAGCCUGUUGUGUAGCUCAGUGGGGGGUGCUGACCUCGGUCACACGCCUCUGUGUGUUUGUGUGUGUGUGUGUGUGUGAGAUCGAGUGUGGAUGUGUGUUAGUGUGUGUGAGAGCGAGUGUGGAUGUGUGUGUGUUUGAGCGA